AUGCUGGAGGAGGAGGAGGAGGAGGAAGAGGGGAUCGCCGCCAUGGAGGCGGACGGCGGCCACGGCGACAGCGCCGGCGAGCCGCGCGGGCGCGGCGGUAUCGGUGUCGGGGGCGGAUGGGCGAGCGCGGCGCUGGAGCCGGUGCGGUGGGUGCGGAUGCUGUGCCGGGAGCUGGGCGCGACGUUCGUCGCCGGCGUGGUGCUGGUGUACGGGCUGAGCCAGGGGUUCGCGGGCUCCUUCUUCCGCGUGGCGUCCGACUACUACUGGAAGGACGUGCAGCGCGUGCAGCCGUCCACCGUGCAGUUCCUCUCCGUCUUCUUCUUCAUCCCCUGGGUCCUCAAGCCUCUCUGGGGGAUCAUGACCGACGUCUUCCCCGUCCGCGGCUACCGCCGCCGCCCCUACUUCCUCUUUGCAGGAGUACUUGGAACGGCUUCAGCUGCUAUUGUUGCCAUGGUUAAUGGACUGCCGAUGACUUCCGCUAUACUUUCUUUUGUGGGAAUAUCAACGGCAGUUGCCAUUGCAGAUGUCACAAUAGAUGCAUGCAUUGCGAAGAAUGGUAUUGAUAAGCCAUCAUUAGUCCCAGACAUGCAAAGCCUUUGUGCGUUCUCAUCAUCUCUAGGCGCACUUAUCGGUUAUGCUACAAGCGGCAUGUUUGUCCACCAUCUUGGAGCACAGGGGGCAUUAGGAGUGAUGGCUUUACCUCCUGCAAUGUUGGUUUUCCUAGGAUUUUUCAUAUAUGAGCUGAAAAUGUACCAGCAUAAUGCGAAAGAGAAGGUAUUGAAUAAGAUUCAUACCGCAGUGAAAGGGAUGGCUCAAACAAUAAAGUACCCAGUAGUAUGGAAGCCAUCCUUGUACAUGUUUCUUUCGCUGGCGCUUAGUAUCAGCACUCAUGAGGGACAGUUCUACUGGUAUACUAACAAGAAACCACCUAAUCCUGGAUUUUCUCAGGAAUUCGUUGGGAUGGUCCAUGCCAUCGGUGCAGUUGCAUCCAUGGUAGGUGUCCUCGUGUACCACAAGUACCUCAAGGACUACCCUUUCCGGAGUAUCCUCUUCUACGCGCAGCUGCUGUACGGCGUGUCCGGCCUCCUCGACCUCACCUUCGUUCUCCGGUGGAACCUCCUGCUCGGCGUGCCGGACGCCGUCUUCGUCACCCUGGAGGAGUGCUGCUCCCGCGUCGUCGGCCGCGUCCGGCUGAUGCCGAUGAUGGUGCUGAGCACCAAGCUGUGCCCGCCGGGCGCCGAGGGCACCUUCUUCGCCCUCCUCAUGUGCAUCGACAGCGUCGGCAUGCUGGCGGCCAAGGCCGGCGGCGCCGCCGUGCUGCGCGCGCUGCGGGUGACCAGGACCGACUUCGGCCGCCUCUGGCUCGCCGUCCUCGUCAGGAACCUGCUGCGGCUGUCCACGCUCGCCGCCAUCUCCCUCGUCCCCACGUCCGACCAGACGGAAGUGCUGCUGCCGCGCGACCUCCUCCUCGGCUCCUCUCCUGCCGCCGUCGACGACGAGGAGAGGCUACAGCUCGCGAAACUCACUGAUCACGUCGACGACGACGCCUGAACAUAGCUGAACAUUAAUCUUGCAUCCGUGCAAAAGGAAAAUGGCCUCCGGUGAAGUGCAGAAGUGGGUGUGGUGGCUGUCAGUGUCAGGUGAGACGAUGCAGCUCUGAGAGAUUCGUUCAUGGCGCGCAUGCAUGUCUCUGAAACUCUGAUGAAACGUUGCCCGGUGACAAAAAUGGCAUCUCUGUACGGACAGCCCGGAGUGCAAAGAUGAGCUGCGAGCCUGGGGCGUACGGUUUCUGUUUCUGUAAGCUUGGUAAAUUCAUAGGAAGACCAUGGAAAAGUUUGUGAAGUGAUACUGAACUCUCGUUUUGUUUCAAAAAUGAUAUUGCUAUUCCAGAAAGUGUUUGGCAGAUGCAUACUCGGUAGCACUAAACUUUGGAUCUCAGGUCACAGUAUAUCCCUGCUUUAUAACAACUGUCAUGAAAU